AUGGCUAGUCCUCCAGUUCUAGCUUUCGAUGCCGAGGGCCGUCCAGUGAAGUUCGAAACCUGGCUAGAUGACCUGCACCUGUUCCUACAGCUCACUGCCAAGGAAGAUAUCUCACUGUACGACCACGCCCUAGGCCAUGCCACUGCCCCUGACUCGACUGCUGACAGCACUCUGCGUUCCCAGUGGCAGACCCGUGAUGCGCACGCUCGCUUUGCUAUUCGCAACUCCCUGCCGCUAGACGAGCGCGAGCACUUCGGCCAGUGCAAGACUGCUAAGGACCUCUACACCGCUGUAGUUGCCCGCUACUCCUCACCCGCUUCUGCCACGCUAGGCCGCCUCACUCUCCCCUACCUGUUCCCUGACCUAGCCUCCUUUCACACUGUCGCAGACCUCAUCACCCACCUUAAGACUAGUGAGGCCCGCUUUCGCGCUGCUAUGCCUGCCGAGGACCACUUCCUCUCUCGCUCCCCCACUGAGCUCACUGUUGCCCUCCUCGAGAAGGAACUGCUUGCAGCUGAGGCGAGUAUCGUCGCUGUAGGCACCUCUCGUGGCGACCCCCGCACCCCGUUCUUUGAGGGGUGUUCCCCUUCCCCCCUCCUCCCCUCUGUCGCCUCUGCUGCUGCUGUCGACCUUCUUGGUGCUGAGAAGGUCGGGACCGCGUCUGCUUCGAGCGGGCGCCGCAGGAACAAGGGGGGCAGGGGUGGGGGUGGCGGCGGAGGAGGUGGGGGUGGAGGCGGUGGGAGUGGAGGCGCGGCUGGGGAGACUAGUGGCGGCAGUGGGGGAGGAGACAGCAGCGGUGGGAGUGGUGGCGGAGGCGGCGGCGGAGGCGGAGGUGGUCGUGGCGGCGGCAGGGGUGGAGGUGGCCGGGGCGGCGGCGGUGGGGGUGGUGGUCGUGGAGGCACUGGCGGAGGGCAGAGUCAGCAGCCCGCCCCGACGCUUCAGGCCGCUCGUGAGUGGUAUGCGCAGCGUGGCUUUACCUGCACGUACGUCAUUCGCACAGGUGACCGCAGCGGCCAGCAGUGUGGGAGGCCGCACCCCACGCAGCGCUGCUUCGCGCGCCUUACCGACGCGUGGCGCACUCAGUUUCCUGCUGCCACUGAGCUGCCGCGCUGGGCUGAUCUGGAAAAGAGGGGUGUUGAUAUUUGGGCUUUAGACUUUGAUGCUAUUCUCACUGCCAUGUAUGCAAUGUCUCUUAGUGGAGAGGGUGCUCAGUACUUGCGUGUUCCGCCCGACCCGGGCAUUCAGGCCAGUCCGGCUGCCGCUCUAGGUGCUAGUGCGUCUGCUCCCACAGGUCCUGGUGAGGCUGCAGCCCUAGGUGCUAGUGCGUCCGUGCCCCCUGGUACUGAGUCGACUGCAGCACUGCACACCUUCAUACUGGACUCAGGUGCUUCUCGCUCCUUCUUUCGUGACCGCACUGUCCUUGAGCCACUCGCUCGGCCAGUUGCUGUCUCCCUUGCUGACCCCUCUGGGGGUCCGGUCAUUGCGACCUCCUCCACUGUCCUUCCUUGUCCGGCGGUCCCGUCCGGCACGCUGUCAGGUCUCUACCUCCCCUCGUUCUCCACGAACUUGGUGGCAGGUAGUGCGCUCCAGGACGGGGGUGUUCACCAGUUCACCCCCGCCUACGAGCGCGUGACACACUGCACGUAUGCUCGGACGGGUCGCCACCUGGCUACCUUCACUCGGGAGCCGGGGUCGGACCUUUACACACUGACCACUGAGUCCCCUCAGGUAGCUGCGUCCGCGUCUACGUCUGCGUCAGGUCAGCUGUCCGCCCCCUGCUCUCUGGCGCAUGAGACUGUCCUUUGGCACCACCGCCUUGGUCACCCGUCUGUGCAGCGCCUUCGGGCCAUGCACAAACGGGACCUUGUUGCUGGUCUUCCCAGGGUACUCCCUCCCCUUCCAGACUCGCCUGCUCCUCCCUGUAUUCCCUGUGUCGAGGGGCGGCAGCGCGCCGCUCCUCACUCCUCCUCCUUUCCCCCGACGACCGCUCCUUUGCAGACGCUCCACUUGGACGUGUGGGGCCCAGCCCGCGUCCGUGGCCAGGGUCAGGAGAGGUACUUCCUGAUUGUUGUUGACGACUUCUCGCGCUUCACCACGGUCUUCCCCUUGCGCGCCAAGGGUGACGUCCCUGAUGUAUUGAUCCCCUGGAUCCGCAGAUCUCGUCUCCAGCUCAGUGAGCGUUUCCGCUCCGACUUCCCUGUCCUGCGUCUGCACUCUGACAGAGGUGGGGAGUUUACCUCUGGCCUCUUGGAGGCCUUCUGUCAGCAGGAGGGCAUUGAGCAGUCGUACACGCUUCCGGCCUCUCCGCAGCAGAAUGGGGUUGCUGAGCGCCGCAUUGGUCUGGUCAUGGAGGUCGCUCGUACCUCCUUGAGCCAUGCGGCUGCCCCCCAUUUUUUGUGGCCGUUUGCAGUCCGAUACGCUGCGCAUCAGCUCAACCUCUGGCCCCGUGUCUCCUUGCCCGAGACUUCUCCGACACUGCGUUGGACGGGAGAGGCUGGCGAUGCGUCGCGUUUUCGGGUCUGGGGAUCCCGAGCUUUUGUCCGCGACACGUCCGCGGACAAGCUCUCCCGUCGCGCUGUCCCCUGCGUCUUCCUUGGCUUUGUCCCGGACGCCCCUGGCUGGCAGUUCUACCACCCCACCUCGCGUCGUGUCCUGGCCUCUCAGGACGUCACUUUUGACGAGUCCGUCCCCUACUACCGCCUCUUCCCCUACCGCACUGCCCCGCUCCCCCCCCCCCACCUCUCUUCCUCGCUCCAGGUAGACCCGGGUGAGCCUGUCGAGGUAGCUGUUGACUCUCGUCCUGCUAGGGGUGCUGAGCCUGGGGGUGCUGCGUCUGGGGGUGCUGAGCCUGGGAGUGCUGAGUCUGGGGGUGCGGAGCCUGGAGGUGCUGAGCCUGGGGGUGCUGCGUCUGGGGGUGCUGAGUCCGGGGGUGCUGAGCCUGAGCGUGCUACACCUGGAGGAGCCCUCUCCUCCCAGCAGCUGCAGGAGAGGUACCUCGAGUACUGUCGCCUCCGGAGAGGUGCUGCUGGAGCUCGUCCCGGUACUUCCCCUCCUACCCGGGAGCUCCCCCCCAUUCAGCAGAUCCGCGAGUGGUACACACGGCGCUGCAGUCUUCGGAGUGGCGCUGCUGCUGGUGCUGAGGACCCGGACGUUGGAGCUGCUGCUGGUGCUGCGGACCCGCCUGGUGGAGCUGCUGCUGGUGCUGAGGACUCGGACGUUGGAGCUGCUGCUGGAGCUGAGGACCCGGGCGGUGGCGCUGCUGCUGGUGCUGAGGACCCGGACGUUGGAGCUUCUACUGGUGCUGAGGACCCGGGCGGUGGAGCUGCUGCUGGUGCUGAGGACUCGGACGGUGGAGCUGCUGCUGGAGCUGAGGACCCGAGCGGUGGCGCUGCUGCUGCUGCUGAGGACCCGGGCGUUGGAGCUACUACUGGUGCUGAGGACCCGGCCGGUGGAGCUGCUACUGGUGCUGUGGACCCGGACGCUGGAGCUCCUACUGGUACUGAGGACCCGGCCGCUGGAGUCUCUUCUGCUUCUGGAGACGCUGCGCGGCCGCGACCGUACUUCGUACCGCUCCUUCAGCAGGUUCUUGGGCAGGCUCCUCCUCCUUGUCCUCCUCCCUCCGUAGAGUGUCCUCCGCCUGUCCAGCCGCAGUCACUGUUACCGCCUACCUCGCCUCUCCCUGCUCCCUCUCCUUACACUGGUCCCACAGGAGGUCUUGCAGAGCGUCGUGAGCCUGAGUCUCGUCCUGCGUCGCCUGUUCGUCCUGCUCGCACUGGUCGUCGUGUCCGUCGUGAGCGUCCUCCUCCUGUCCCAGGCACUCACUACAUGACUCUGCGUCCCUCUACUGCUCCUCAGCGUGUCCCUCUACCGUCUCCUCCUGCGUCCUCUUUGCCUGACGUUCCGGCCCCUGAGUCUGACCGGUAUCGUGCUGAGCACCCUACUGUCACGCGUCUCCUCGCUACUGUUGUCACUGACCCUACCUUUGAGUCCUCGGCUGCGUCUGCUCUGGUCGCUGAGUUGGUUGACUUUGCUGCUGCCUGUCGUCUAGACUACGCUGCUAGCCUUGUUGCUGAGUCUGAGUCUGAGUCUGUCUGUCCUCCGUCCGUCGGGGGUGAGUGUGCUCUUGGCACGGACGUCCUUGAGGACAGACAGGAGGAGUUCCAGUGUCUUGCUGCUGCUUUGCCCCGUCUUGUGUCCUUGCUAGUUGCCCCUGAGGGAGACCCGGAUGCACCAGACAUCCCGACCCCGCGCACUUACGCUGAGGCGAUGGCGGGUCCCUACUCCUCUCAGGUGAAGCGGCCGCCGGGUUCUCCGCCUGUCUUCAAGGCGCGUUACGUGGCUCGAGGCUUCAGUCAGCGAGAGGGAGUUGACUUCUUCCAGACCUUCUCCCCCACCCCGAAGAUGACUACUCUUCGGGUGCUGCUGCACAUAGCCGCUCACCGCGACUACGAGCUUCACUCACUUGACUUCAGCACUGCUUUCUUGCAGGGCAGCCUGCACGAGGAGAUCUGGCUGCGCCGCCUACCUGGCUUCACUGGGUCGUUUCCUCCUGGUACCCAGUGGAGGCUUCAGCGGCCGGUCUACGGUCUCCGCCAGGCUCCGCGUGAGUGGCACGACACACUGAGGACUACACUUGCGGCUCUUAGGUUCGCGCCUUCUACAGCUGACCCGUCGCUGUUCCUGCGCACCGACACUUCGCUGCCGCCGUUCUACAUCCUCGUGUACGUCGACGACUUGGUCUUUGCCACUGCUGACACUGCAGGACUCGCCUACGUGAAGUCGGAGCUGCAGAGGAGACACACGUGCACAGACCUGGGUGAGCUGACAAGCUAUCUUGGCUUGCGGAUCACCCGGGACAGAGCACGGCGCACCAUCACCCUGACUCAGUCACACAUGGUGCAGCAGGUUCUCCAGCGCUUCCGCUUCACGUACUCCUCGCCUCAGUCCACUCCUCUGCCUACCGGUCACUCGCUCUCAGCUCUGCCUUCGGAUGAGUCCGUAGAGCCGAGUGGCCCGUAUCCAGAGCUUGUGGGCUGCCUCAUGUACCUGAUGACCUGCACUCGACCUGACCUUGCGUACCCUCUUAGCAUCCUUGCACGCUAUGUUGCUCCUGGCCGUCACAGGAAGGAGCACAUGGAUGCCGCUAAGAGGGUGUUGCGCUACUUGUGCAGUACGUCGGGCAUGGGGCUUGUGCUUGGAGGGCGAGACCGAGUUGUGCUCACAGGGCACUCAGACGCUUCUUGGGCAGACGACCAGGCCAGACACCUUCAGCCUUGGCUCUGGCUCACCAUGGCUGCCCAGGAGCUACGCUGGCUGACCUACCUGCUGACCGACCUCGGAGAGCGGCCUCGUUCUCCUCCAGUACUGUACGUCGACAACAAGGCUGCCAUUGCCUUGUGUGAGGAGCACAGACUGGAGCACAGAACGAAGCACAUCGCCCUGCGGUACUUCCUUGCUCGUGAGCUGCAGCAGCGCGGUCAGCUUUGUAUUCGCUACGUGGCCACUGAGGCCAACACUGCUGAUGUGUUCACCAAGGCGCUUCAGCCUCGUGACCAUCAGCGCUUCUGCACUCUACUAGGCCUUGUGCCUACUGGACCUCACUUACUUACCUCUUGA